AUGAGGAUGAAUUUCUUAAAAACUAUUUUAGUACCUAGACUAGGGAGUUCGAAGAAAAAAACAGCAAGGUACGAUGAAAAACAGUUAGAGCAGGCGAUGGCCCAAGUGAAGGCAGACAUGCCUGUACGAACAGCUGCAGCAAAGUUUAAUAUUCCCAAGACAACGCUACUUUAUAAAAGCCGUGGACAAUCAUCGCCAACUAUCACCAAACCCGGACCAGACUGUGUGUUAGGACAAGAUAACGAAAAUUAUCUUGUUGAGUGGAUUAUUUACAUGAAAAAACAUGGAUUUCCUAUAACGAAGGUACAACUAAUGAAUAGUGUUCGCAUGUUAUUGAACACUACGAAAAAAGAGACAAUCUUCCCAAAUAAUAUGCCUGGUCGCCAUUGGUAUAACAGUUUUCGUCGUCGUCAUCCAGGAAUCAGUGAGAGAAUUGCUCAAAAUCUCACAUAUAGCCGAGCUGCAGUGUCGGAGGAAAAGGUAAAAGCCUGGUUUCAAGAAGUAAAAGAACAUCUUGAACCGCUGUAUCUUUUAAAUAUUGAUGAUUCUCGAAUACUUAAUCUUGAUGAAUCAGCCUUCAGGCUUAAUCCAAAGUGUAAUUCCGUUCUUGCGACAAAAGGUGAUAAGACUGUUUAUAACAUCGUUGGAAAUGACGAAAAAGAAUGCUUAAAUACUUUAAUUUGUGGAAAUGCAGCCGGACAAAUGCUUCCACCGAUGGUACUAUUCCCAUAA